GUGCAUAUUAAUGAUAUUUUGCACUGUUAGACAAAACAAUAACAAACCAAAUUUCAACAAAAUUUAGCUAUAAAAACUAUUUGGGCAAAGUCGAAACACUACCAAUGUUUAUACUUUCUAAGUAAUCUGGAAGUGUAUAUUUAGCCUGGCUUUCUUGUUUUCCCGCGUUUUUAUAAUAUUUCUAUAAAGCACCAAUCGCAGUGAAAAUACGCCACCAUGCAAAUCAGUGAAGCGAAUCCGAAAUUUCGCUCUUUUUCGUUGGACGAUCUGCAAGAUGGUGUAUAAGAAGUUUAUUGAAAUUGGUACGGUUGUUUACAUCAACCUAGGGCCCCACGCAGGGAAAUUAGCUGCUAUAGUAAACGUAGUUGACCAAAACCGACUUUUGGUUAACGGGCCAUGCAGCAAAGUGCCGAGAUGCGUCGUUAAUCUGAAGCAGAUCAAGAUCACACAAUUCAGGAUUAAGAUGCCGUUUGGAGCUCGCGCCGGGGUCGUCGCAAAGGCUUGGGAAAAGGCCAAUAUCAACGCUCUGUGGGCCGAGACGAAGUGGGCAAAGAAAAUCGAGUCAAAAGAGAAGAAAGCGUCGCUUUCCGAUUACGACCGUUACAAAUUAAUGAAAAUCCGGCAGAAGAGAAGUAAGAUCAUUGCUGCUGAAGUUCGCCGACUCAAAAAAAGUGCAAAAUCGCAAUAAUGUGAUUGGAUGAAAUAAAAUUCGCACUUUUAA